GAAGAGCAAGAGAGAGAGAGAGAGAGAGGAAAGAGCAAGAGAGCGAGAUAGACAGAAAAAAAAGAGAGCGACAAACAGAGAGCGAGAGAGAGAGAGAGAAAGAGGCCGGCACAGUCAGUUCUGAUAACAGCAACAGUAGGCGGAGGAUGAGCGGAGGGACCGCCCCUUUCUCUCCCGCAGAUAUAAAUAGGAGGAGGGUUUUUUUGCUCCACACUUCACUUGAAGGAUGAGAGCCCUGAAACACCUUAAACAUCACACCAGGAGCAAUGUGGAGGAGCAGGAGCAAAAAGUUCCUCUGGUCCGCUGCUACACCAAAGUGAUGGAGCAUGCAGUGGAUGCUGGCACACAGACCGACCCUGUGGUGGUCCUGUCUCUGGCCCAGGCUGCCGUGCUGGGCCUCAUAUCUCAGAAUGAGAUCUUUGGAGCCACCAUUGCCCCCAAUGGCUUCUACACAGGAGAGGCGCGUGAUGGCCCCCCUCCCCCUCCAGAGACGAUGGAGUACGAGUAUGCAGACCAGCUGAUUGGGGCCAAUGGAGACUACCUUGCUGAGCCCGAUGGGGAUGACAAGAGGCUAGAGGGUUCUUAUGGGGCUGAGCGGAGGCGUCCAGGGCCCCGGGGAAGGACCAAGAGACCCCGAAGUGAAGAUGAGGCAGUGGCGCCGACUGAGAAGUCCCCAGAGAUACAGACUCAUGUGAAAGGAGAGAGGCCUGACUAUUCCAGCCCCUGUUACCAUUCGCAUGUUCAUCAUACUGAUAGCGAGUCAGAGGUGUUGGACCUUGCACCCCACAGGGUACUAUUAAAGGAGGAGCAGAAUAGCAAAGACUGCACAGAGUAUGUGAACGAGCCGAGCAGCCAGCAAACUGAUGCAGACUCAGAUACGGACUCUCGGGCUGCUGAACGUAGCCCCAUGGUCCGAGAGAAAGCAGUAGCCAGCCGAUCUGAAGAAGGUGGGAAAGAGGAAGACCAGGAGGAGGACAGAGCAUUGAACAUCAAGACUCCAGAUGAGGAGGUGAGCCCUGUGAUGAGGCGUUACUAUGAGUCUAGUGUGGUUGCCUAUGAAGCUGCCGAAAUGGGUCUGGCAGGGGAUUACGAGGAAGGCGGACAGGCAGCAAUGUGGACUGACGGCGAGAAUUCCAUUGGCCGUCGGAUGCAGAUUGACCGACUGGACAUCAAUGUGCAGAUCGACGAAUCGUACUGCGUAGAUGUGGGCGAGGGCCUGAAGCGCUGGAAGUGCCGCAUGUGUGAGAAAUCGUACACCUCCAAGUACAACCUGGUAACACACAUCCUGGGCCACAACGGCAUCAAGCCACACGAGUGCCUGCACUGCGGCAAGCUCUUCAAGCAGCCCAGCCACCUGCAGACACACCUGCUCACGCACCAGGGCACGCGUCCACACAAGUGCACCGUCUGCAAGAAGGCCUUCACCCAGACCAGCCACCUCAAGCGCCACAUGCUGCAGCACAGCGACAUCAAGCCCUACAGCUGCCGCUUCUGCGGCCGUGGCUUUGCCUACCCUAGUGAGCUGCGCACCCACGAGGCCAAGCACGAGAACGGCCACUGCCAUGUCUGCACACAGUGCGGCAUGGAGUUCCCCACACAUGCCCAUCUCAGGCGCCAUCAGGUCAGUCACCAAGGGCCCACCACCUUCCAGUGCACUGAGUGCCACAAAUCCUUCGCCUACCGCAGCCAGCUGCAGAACCACCUGAUGAAGCACCAGAACAUGCGGCCCUACGUCUGCUCCGAGUGCGGGAUGGAGUUUGUGCAGAUUCACCACCUUAAGCAGCACAUGCUCACGCACAAGGUACUAACACAGCAGGCCCUCGAACACAAGGGUAUGAAGGAGUACAAAUGCGACGUGUGCGCUCGUGAGUUCACCCUUUCGGCCAAUCUGAAGCGACACAUGCUGAUUCACACCAGUGUGCGGCCCUUUCAGUGCCAUGUGUGCUUUAAGACCUUCGUCCAGAAACAGACCCUCAAAACCCACAUGAUCGUCCACCUUCCCGUCAAGCCCUUCAAGUGCAAGGUGUGUGGGAAGUCAUUCAAUAGAAUGUACAAUCUCCUCGGACACAUGCACCUUCAUGCCGGCAGCAAGCCCUUCAAGUGUCCCUACUGCACCAGCAAGUUCAAUCUGAAGGGGAACCUUAGCCGACACAUGAAGGUCAAGCAUGGCAUCCUAGACGGCUCGCCAGAAGACACCAUGCCUGACAUGGAGGGCCAGGAGGACUAUGAGGAGGAGAGCUUUGACUAUAGCGAAAGGGAAAAUCUGGCCAGUAACAACGCACAAGACCUGGCGAAACUGGCCGAGAUGGGCUACUACAACUACACCAAGGCUGCUGCCCGUUACGCCACAGCGUAAGUGGCUUCAUAAGAGACUGAAACAGCCAUGGUUGUUCCUGUAGCCCUCAUGGCUUCAAGAAGGACCGAUGAGGAAAUGGCUGCCUAGUCACUGUGCACUAGGAUCCAUUUUAAGUACCCUGUAAGAGGAAGUGAGAUUUUUUUUCCCCUCCUCGCUAGAAACUGUUACUGAAGUUCCAUUUAAACUGAGCAUAAAGCUACAUUUAGAAGUCACACCAUCAGUAAUAAAAGGAGGACAAAUACUGAAAAUGCAUUUUGAUGAGUAACAUCCUAACGCCAUGUUCAACUUGUUGGACAACAGUUAAAGAGUAAUAUUUGAGCCUAAUUUAAUAGUGCAGUCAAACAGUAUGUACAGAGGCACUUAUCCAGAAAGGACAAUCCCGAGCUCUUUCAAAGAAAUUGGAGCAACUGGCAUUGUAACUGACUUAAUAUUAAAAGCACAUUGGUAAGCAGCUAUAGCUCAGUGGCUACUUGUCCUACAAGUCAGGAGCUGCUAGAAAAGGCCCGUUUGGACAUAACCAAAGCUGGCAAGGUGCAAAUUCCUACUUUGUUUAUGUUUGGCUUUUACCACUGUGGUUUUUAAUUUCUUUUGACAUAAACCAUAACACCAGAAUCUUCCUCUGCAGUGUUUGCUGUGAUUUUCUUUUAAUUUUUUUUUU